AUGACAUCGACAUCAGCCGCUACAAAUUACAUCCCUAAUUUGCAAAGUAACUCACAUCAGUUCAACCUUUCACAGCAACACCUCGCCGCUCUUCAAGCCCAAGAAGCCUCACUAGCUGACGACUUCGAUUACGACAACUGGGCCUCGACACAGCUCUCAUCUGAAGCGCUCGACACUGCACCCCGAGACUUUAUCCGGUCCUCGCAUAUGCAGCCCGACGCUAUAGGCACGAUCUCGCAGUUCACGCCCAAAUUGGGCCGCAGUUCACACCAGAGAGAGUCUUCGCUAUCAUCUCUCGGCUCCAUUGGACCGGCGUCGCCUUUUACACAGACCAUCUCCAACCCGAGAAUUGCUAUAAGCGAUUCGGCGACGGAGCCCUUCUACGAAAUGUAUAAUAACGAUACAAAUGUUCACAACGCGGGAGCAUACUACCAGUUUGCGAAGCCCACCGAUGCCUUCGCAGGUUAUCAACACCUCGAUGCUGCCGCUCCUGACAUGGCCUAUCCCGCCGCGCUGUCGGGACACAUGAACCGCCAUCGGACUGAUCGCUCACUGCUUCCAGCUCCCGAGUUCAGCCACAUGUUAAGCCGCUCCCACCCAGCUUCUGUGACCAGCUCUAUUGCUGGAGACUCGCCGUCUACGCCCAGCAUGGGAGACGUCGAUCAUGUUGACCGCAGGAGAGCAGCCUACGGAAAUGUUCCCAAGCUUGAUCGCACAAUGACGGAUGUGUAUGGCGACGAGCUCUACAACCCGAGCUUCGCCAUCACGUCAUCAUCGCCUGCGAAUCCCGCGAAUCACGCCCCCAGUCGCAACCAGCUGUUUAGCCAGCGUCUCAAUGCAGCCAACAGCCAACAUCUGAAUGCCGCCCACUCGCCGUCCUCCACAGCCUCUCGCGGUCUCUCACCGUUCCAGGCUACCUCGCCAUACGCUCCACCUCAGUUGCAAGAUUUCGGCACCUCGUUCGGAGCCGCACCAAAGAUAGGGCAUGACUGCAGGACUCAGCACUCUGGCGUCAGCCUGGCCGCGCACACCACAGGCGACAUCGAGCCCGAGACGCCAAAAACCAUUUCGCCUCGGGAUGCUAUGAUAGAGUUUACUGGGGUUGAUGGCGAACCCAACUUUUCUCUGUUUCCAGAAGGCUCAAAUGACUUCGACUUCGACGCCUAUAGCAAAGCCAUGGCGUCAGAGGCUGAGCCCAACCAUGUCCAGCUUCCUUCGGCGCAAGAAACACCAGCCAGCCAAAGGCACUACAACGAUAUGUCGAUCGAGAAUAGGAUACCGCAACAAUAUCCUUUCGUUGCACGUGCACAAGAAAUCAACGAUAUCACGCCACCGAGACUCGGAUCGUCAGGAAGCAGUGUCUCCGAAGCGAAGACGGAUGCAAGCGGCAAGCGGCCAUCCCGAGUCGGCGCUGACAGCGGCACGUACACGUGCACAUAUCACGGGUGUUCUCUACGAUUUGAUACACCUGUCCAGCUUCAAAAACAUAAACGGGAGGGACAUCGCCAGUCACAGAAUCUUGGAGCCUUGAGGCCACAGGACAACAGUAUGCCGGCGUCCGUGCUGAACAGUCAAGCUGGCCCGCAUCGUUGCGAUCGCAUCAACCCCAGCACAGGCAAGCCGUGCAGUACCAUCUUCUCUCGCCCAUACGAUUUGACUCGCCACGAAGACACUAUCCACAAUGAGCGAAAGCACAAGGUCCAGUGCGAUCUUUGCACUGUGGAGAAGACCUUCAGCCGCGCCGACGCACUCACCAGGCACUACCGUGUGUGCCAUCCCGAGGCAGAGCUUCCAGGCAAGCAUCGCAGACGAGUCGUCUGA